UCUCUCUCUCUCUCUCUCUCUCUCUCUCUCUCUCUCUCUCUCUCUCUCUGACAGAGCGGCCCGCCUUUGACGCGCGCUUCCCCCCUUUUUUUAUGGCUCUCGGCAAACACGCCGCCGCCAUACACAAGCGCGCGCACUGCUGCUGGUCGCGGUGAUCGAGCGCCCGGCCCAAGUGGUCAACCAGCCAACCUCGCUCCUCGAUCACCUACUGCUAGCUUUCCAGUUCCAGCCACCGGCCAUGCCGCCGGCGGUCACCGCCGCGGCGGGGCCUCGCGCUCGGUGGCCGCCGACCCUCGCCCCCGCCCGCGCGCCGGCAACGCGGUGUCGUCGCGCGCCCGCCGCGCGCGGGCCGCACGCGGUGGCGGUGGCGUCUGGCUCGGCCUCGGCGUCGUCACCACCGCCGCCGAGGAGGAGAGGGCUGAGGGAGUACGUGGAAGCGGCGGGGGAGAUGGCGCGGCGGAAGGACGGCGGGCCGCCGCGAUGGUUGUCGCCGAUCGAGUGCGGGGACGCCGGCGGGCGCGUCCCCGGCGCGCCCACGCUGUUCUACCUUCCCGGGAUCGACGGAGUUGGUUUAGGACUUAUCCGGCACCAUGAGAAACUGGCAAAGAUGUUUGAGCUGUGGUGCUUGCAUAUACCAGUUGAAGAUCGUACGUCCUUCGAAGGACUUGUUGAGUAUGUGGAGACGACAGUGAAAUCAGAGAGCUCAAGAGCACCAGACAGACCAGUCUAUCUUGUUGCAGAAUCAGUAGGAGCGUGCAUUGCUCUAGCCGUGGCAGUGCGAAACCCAGACAUCGAUCUGGUACUGGUCCUAGUAAACCCAGGAACAUCAUUCCAUAAUUCACAGCUGCAAACUCUCUCAGCCUUCUUGGACUUGGUCCCUGAACCCUUCCAUUUGACCACUCCACAGCUGCUAAAUUUUCUGACAGGGAAUUUCAUGAAUAUGCCGUUAACUUUUAUUGGACGUGGCCUCUCUCUUGAAGAAGCUGGUCAGACGUUAUCAGAUAUCACCUCCAGUUUGUUUGCUUCCCUUUUGUUUUUGGUUGAUAUAUUGACAAAGGAAUCUAUCGUUUGGAAGUUAAAAAUGUUGAAGACAGCAUCAUCAUUUGUAAAUUCCCGUUUACAUGCAGUCAAGGCCCAGACUUUGGUACUAGCCAGUGGAAAUGAUGAACUGCUGCCAAGCAGCCAAGAGGCUGAGAGGCUACGUGGUGCUCUAGAGAAAUGCAGAACACGCCUUUUCAGAGACAAAGGCCACAAAAUCUUACUGGAAGAUGAAUUUGAUCUCGCGACCACCAUUAAAGGAGCUGGGUACUAUCGCCGCUCUAGGAAGACAGACUUUGUUUCAGACUAUUUACCGCCAACUCCUGAUGAGCUCCAACAGGCUAUCAACCGCGACAGGGUCCUAAACUUUAUCACUGACCCAGUGCUACUAUCAACACUGCCUGAUGGGAAGAUAGUGAGGGGCCUGGCUGGGCUGCCAAGGGAGGGUCCUGCCGUGUUGGUCGGGUACCACAUGCUCCUGGGGCUUGAGCUUGGACCCAUGGUCACAGGGGUGCUGAGCAGCACCGGAGUCCACAUCCGGGGCCUGGCUCACCCUGUCAUUUUCGACAAAAACUCCGAGCAGCUCAUGCCUCACUCGGCGUACUUUGAUCUCCACCGGAUCUUGGGGGCAGUACCAGUCACGGGGGCCAAUUUUUACAAGCUCCUUGCAGACAAAGAGUUCGUGCUGCUGUACCCUGGAGGCGCGCGGGAAGCGCUUCAUAGGAAGGGAGAGGAGUACAAGUUGUUUUGGCCGGAGCAGCCUGAAUUUGUGAGAAUGGCAUCCAGGUUUGGAGCAACGAUCAUACCAUUUGGAGUAGUGGGAGAAGAUGAUAUAGGCGAUUUGUUGUUAGACUACAAUGAUAUUCAGAAGCUUCCCUUCUAUGGUAUGCUCGACGAGGCGCUAAACCGCGAUGACCUAAAGCUAAGGACUGAUUCCAUGGGGGAGCUGAAAGAUCAAGGGAUGCACCCAGUAGUGCUUGCACCGAAGGUACCAGGGCGGUUUUAUUUCGUCUUUGGAAAGCCUAUUGAAACAAGAGGGAGAGAGAAGGAGCUGAGAGACAAAGAGGAGGCUCAGCAGCUCUAUUUGCAAGUCAAAUUUGAAGUGGAGAGCUGCAUCAACUAUCUGAAGGAGAAAAGACAAAAUGACCCCUACAGGAGUAUACUGCCCAGGCUUCUCUACCAGGCGGUUCAUGGUCCCAAUGCAGAAAUACCCACAUUUGAACCAUGAGAUGUUCACUCGAUAAUACCAUUAGUUAGAAUCCAAACCAACUGUCAAUAAUAAAGUGCUUUGUUACCAUUAUCCUCAAAACAAUCAUGUUCAUUGAUUUGAUUGUAUCUCAUUCAAAGCAUAAGGUCAAUAAAAUUCAGUUCAUACC